AUGUUCGCUCCCGACGAGGUCAGGGACAUUGUCGUUCGCAAAUUUCUCACACCGAGCUGGAACAUUGAUGAUCGGGACCUAGGACUCUAUCAAAUCCAUUGGCAGCAAGCUCCAGACUAUGCAUCGUUGCUAUGGGCGCAACCGAAAGCCCAAACCACCAAGCUCGAAUUCAUCCGCGCUGGGCUCGAAGGGCGAAUAGUAGGAUACGAAGAGUCCAUCGUCUCUGCGUCGGCUUCUGGCGAUACCAGCGAAGCAGCGACAGCCAAAACUUCCACCUCUAUGAUGCGCGCUCCCACUGCCAAGACCAACUUUGUUCGCGGCAAAAGCGGUAAUUUCAUGUUUGCACCAGGGGGAAUGAAGGAUGAAGUUCUCAAGACAGACAAAGAGGUCGAGGACGAGAUCCAUCACAAGGAAGGCCUCGAAGGUGAAGAGACGGAUGAGCUCAGCAAGACCGUCCAGAGCGUUGAAGCGCUCAUGGGUCGGGGACCAAAGGGUCUCAGGACCAUUCCGCCUGGCUUUUCGAGGGGCUUCUUCGAGAAAGCAGACGAGGAAGAGCAGGAGGUGGAAACGCAGGAAGAUUUUGCCAAGAGUCUCAAACCUGAACCCGUAUACGUGCCCGUGUCGUCCCUGCACGUCUCGGCUCUUGCCGGUAAUGGCAAUGGCCAGGCUGAUGCACCGGCAAAGAAACACUGUAACGACCGCCUAGACGCCGAACUUGAUGCGCUUCUGCCGACUGAGCCUCCCCAGCCCUUGAAGACGCGACGGACAGCCAAACUCGGCGUCAAGCGGGAAUGGGCGCAUGUCAUAGACGUGCGGCAGACGCUGGCUAAUUUUCAUGAGCUGGUUCCUCAAAUGGCGCACACUUUCCCAUUCGAGCUGGACAACUUUCAAAAGGAAGCCGCUUACCACCUUGAGCAAGGCGAAAGCGUCUUUGUGGCAGCUCACACGUCGGCAGGCAAGACAGUCGUCGCAGAGUAUGCGAUCGCGCUCGCGCAGAAACAUAUGACGCGCUGCAUUUAUACCAGCCCAAUCAAAGCGUUGAGCAAUCAGAAAUUCAGGGAAUUCAAGAAGACGUUCGGGGCACAGAACGUCGGCAUCCUCACCGGUGAUGUGCAGAUCAACCCGGAAGCGCCGUGUCUGAUCAUGACCACCGAAAUCUUGCGGAGCAUGCUGUAUCGCGGAGCAGACCUCAUCCGGGACGUCGAGUUUGUCAUUUUCGACGAGGUACAUUAUGUCAAUGACCAGGAAAGAGGCGUGGUGUGGGAGGAGGUGAUCAUCCUCUGCCCUCAGCACAUCAACCUCAUCCUGCUUUCUGCGACUGUUCCCAACACAAAAGAAUUUGCCGACUGGGUCGGCCGAACGAAGAAAAAGGACAUCUACGUGAUCAGCACGGCAAAGAGACCUGUCCCACUUGAGCACUUUCUCUACGCUGGCAAGGAAUUGUUCAAAAUCGUUGAUGCAAAGGGCCAGAUGCUCACAGCUGGCAUCAAAGAUGCAAGCGAAGCGACCCGACGCAAGCAAGAUAAAGAGCGUGAGGCGGCUGGGCUGCCCCCACCCGUCCGCGGUGGUGCACGAGGCGCUAGAGGUGGCCAAAGCGGGCGAGGCGGUGCGCAGCGGGGUGGAGCGGUCAUCCCGAGAGGGGGAGGCGGCAGUGGGGGAAGCGGAGUGCCAUCGUGGCGAGGACAUGACAAGAACUUGUGGAUCCAUCUCGUGGGCCUGCUUCGCAAAAAGGACCUGUUGCCCAUCGUCGUGUUCGUCUUCAGCAAGAAACGAUGCGAGGAGUACGCCUCGAGCAUGCCCAACACGGAUCUCUGCUCGGCGAAAGAGAAGAGCGAAGUGCAUAUCGUCAUCGAGAGGAGUCUCAGCCGACUCAAAGAGGCAGAUCGCCGUCUGCCGCAGAUCAAACGCAUGCGCGAGCUACUGAGACGCGGCAUCGGUGUGCAUCACGGCGGUCUCUUGCCGAUCGUCAAAGAGGUCGUUGAAAUGCUGUUCCAGAGAGGUCUGGUCAAGGUGCUGUUCGCAACGGAGACAUUUGCGAUGGGCGUCAACAUGCCGGCGCGUUCAGUUGUCUUCUCUGGUAUCCGCAAGCACGAUGGACACAGCUUCCGCGAUUUGCUCGCCGGCGAGUACACGCAGAUGUCCGGGCGUGCGGGACGGAGAGGCCUGGACGCGACAGGCGUGGUGAUCAUCAAUGCUGCGGAUCAGGUGCCCGAGGCGAGCACGCUUCAGACGAUGCUACUCGGGCAGCCGACCAAGCUGCAGUCACAGUUCCGGCUGACGUACAACAUGAUCCUGAACCUGUUGCGUGUCGAAGCGCUCAAGGUGGAGGACAUGAUCAAGCGCUCCUUCUCGGAGAACGCGGCACAGAAGCUGCUGCCGGAGCAGGAGAAGAAGAUGAAGGAGCUGGAGAAGCGGCUCAAAUCACUGCCGAAGAUUGCAGACGAAAGACGCAGCGAGAAACUUAACCUCUAUUAUGAUCUCUGCCAAGGUGCCGUUAGCAAUAACCAGGCCGUUCUCCAGAUGGCGCUGGAGCAACAGCAAGGCUCCAAGAUCUUUGGACAGGGACGGAUGGUGCUGCUUCGAGACGGGCACUUUGACUGGGACGCGGGAAUCAUUAUCAAGAAUGUCGCUGCGGACGAGUUCCUGGUGCUCGCAGCAGUGAGCAAGGACCGCAAGGCCGGUCGCCAUGACCGCCCUGCUUCGUCGGUAGCGCCGCUAUGGCCGCCUGCGUUGACGGGGGACCUUUCCGACUUGGUGUACGACCUGCGCGAGGUGCCGUUGACGAGCAUUGCCUUUGUCACGGCGCACGUACAAAAGGCGGACUUUUCGCUGGUCAUGGCGCAUCGCAUCUCGGGAAUGCAGGGCGCGGUGGCCGCGCUGCUUCCGACGCUGGAGGAAUCGCGGGACCGACCGACGGCGCUGCGCGAGGCGGACUGGUCGAAGCUGCGCAAGCUCGAGUUCCAGGAGGCUCUGCGUGCGCGAGAGGGCUAUGCUGCGCGUAUCGUCCAGGCGCAGGCGGUUGUGGAUGAGCACUUUGCAGCGGAUUACCGCAUCGUGCACCAGACCAAAUCCCUACAGCGGGAGGUGGCGGUGGUGCGCAUGUCGCUGUCGGACGAGAACCUGGAGCUGCUGCCGGAAUACGGGCAGCGCGUGCAGGUGCUCAAGGCGCUGCGGUUCCUCGACGCGGGGAGCGAGAGUGUGUUGCUCAAGGGGCGCGUCGCGUGUGAAAUCAGUUCGGCGGACGCGCUGGUGCUGACGGAGCUGAUCCUGGACAACACGUUCGCGGCGCUCGCACCCGAGGAGGCUGUUGCGCUUCUCAGCCCGUUUGUGUUCCAGGAAAAGGCGGGGGCAACGGAGGCGCCGGCACUGCGGCCGCGCCUCGCGGACGGGUGGGCGCGCAUCCGCGCGACGGCCGAGCGCGUUGGUGCCGUGCAGGCAGCGCACCAGCUCGCCGUGGACGACGUCGAUGCCAAGUUCAACACGACGCUGGUCGAGGCGGUGUACGAGUGGGCACGUGGGGUGGCGUUCGAGCAGAUCACUGAGCUGACCGACGUGCCAGAGGGUACGAUCGUCCGUGUCAUUACGCGGCUGGACGAGACGUGCCGCGAGGUGCGCGAUGCCGCGCGCGUCAUCGGCGACGCGGACCUGUUCCGCCAGAUGGAGCAGUGCCAGGGCCUGAUCCGGCGCGACAUUGUCUUUGCUGCGAGCCUGUACUUU